AUGGGGCCCCUGUGUCCUCACCCACACUCAAAAAAGCCUAUGAAAGGUACCAGGGGCAUCCCAUGGGGCCCCCUACUGACCCUGGGCCCUCGGGCAGUGCCGAGUACCAGAAUGGUCAGUCCGCCUCUGGGCAUUAGGAGCCAACCAGGCUCAGCUUUAUUGCUCAGUGCUGUCAGUUUAACACUGGAAGCUUGCUGAAAGGAGGGAAGCAGAGUGGUGACUCAUAAGUGUGGUGCUGCUCCUUCAAUAUCUUGUCAGCACCAAGCUGGACUGGGCUUUUGGUCAUCUGACCCCUACCACCAUUGAAAGAUGUGGCACAUUGACAUCAGUAACAGGGGUGGACUGACAACUCAUGGGGCCCCCGGGCAAUAGGGGAUCAUGGGGCCCCUGUGUCCUCACCCACACUCAAA